AUGAUGAGUGCCAAGACACUAGCUCGGCUGGCCAAGAAGUGGCAGAGGGUGGCGGCUAUCAAGAGGAAGAGGCUCACCUGGUCGCCAUCAACAUCCAGAGAAGCCGGAGGGUCGUGUUCGACGGUGGCCGGCAAGGGCCACUGCGUCGUGUACACUGCCGAUGGUGCAAGGUUCGAGGUGCCCCUUGCGUUCCUCGGAACGACCGUCUUCAGCGAGCUCUUGAGGAUGUCCCAAGAGGAGUUCGGCUUCGCAGGCGUUGACGGUGGCAGAAUCACGCUGCCCUGCGAUGCAUCGGUGAUGGAGUAUGCCAUGUGCUUGCUCAGGAGAAGCGCCUCCGCAGAGAUGGAGCAAGAAACACAAGAAACUACCAUGUUGAGUGCCAAGACACUCACUCGGCUUGCAAAGAAGUGGCAGAGUGUGACGGCUAUGGGGAGAAAGAGGCUCACCUGGUCGUCAUCAAUGUCCGCAGAAGAAACCGGAGGGUCGUGCGGCACAUUGUGCUCGUCAGUGGCUGGCAAGGGUCACUGCAUCGUGUACACAGCCGACGGUGUGAGGUUCGAGGUGCCGCUUGUGUUCCUCGGCACGACCGUCUUCAGUGAGCUCUUGAGGAUGUCCCAAGAGGAGUUCGGCUUCGCAGGCGUUGACGGUGCCAGAAUCACGCUUCCCUGCGACGCAUCGAUGAUGGAGUACGCCAUGUGCUUGCUCAGGAGAAGCGCCUCCGCAGAGAUGGAGGCUGCGUUCCUCAACACUAUGGCGAUGCCAUGCCACUAUCAUGUGGAGCCACAUCUGGGAGUUAGCCAGCAUUUCGGUGUCUGCAGCUCCUGA